UCUUCCUUAAAGCUUAUAGUGGAUUAGCUAUUAUCGACUGCUGCCGCACCAGCAUCACUCUAUAGAAUUGGUGAAGGAAGGAAGAUAGGCACCGCCGUGCACACAGUUAAGCAUAUUUAACAUUUUCCACGGCAUUAGCUCGUCGAGAAUGUGCUGCUCCUGUUCAGUCUUCUUGUGCAUCGGUUGACUUUGGCAAGCGCAUCGAAGUAGGCUGCCGUAUGUAUAGUCGCAUCGGAAUCUCUGGAGGAGUAGAGCUGAAAAGAUCCAACAAAUUAGCAUCUGUGGAAAGGGCUUCUGAUUCCUUACGUAGACGUACAACGAUGGAUCUUUAUAUUAGUACCACUUCGCCGGCUAUUUAGCGCAGCUCGUUAUUUUCUUUUUUGUCAUCUCGCGUCUCCAUGUUUAAGACGGCCAAUUACCCUACGGUGGAUCCUGCGCCCACCAUCAUGCACGGGACCUGGUUUAGCACGGCGUGUGGAGCAAACACGCCCGUGGCGGUGGAGAAAUCCAAGAAGAAAACGUUUAACCUUGUCAAAAUGAUGUCUCUUGGCAACAAGAAGGGCCAAAGCAAGCACCAGCAACACAACAACAACAUGCCAUUCACCAUCCAUUGUCAGAUCGGGAAAGAGAUCAAACACAUUUGCAGCAACUGCAGCCGUGGAAACGAUACUCUGGACGCCGAGGAAGUGGAGAGGCUGGCGGCCAUGCGCUCAGAGUCGCUGGUUCCCGGCGCCCACAGUCCUCCCAUCCGACGCCGAAGCAAGUUCGCCACGCUGGGGCGGCUGCUGAAGCCCUGGAAGUGGAGGAAGAAGAAGAGUGAGAAGUUCAAGCAGACCUCUGCCGCUCUGGAGAGGAAGAUGUCAAUGAGGCAAAGCAGGGAUGAGUUGAUCAAGAGGGGUGUGCUGAAGGAGAUCUUUGAAAAGGUGGAAUUCCGGUCCUCCAUGGAUGGGGGCCUAUGUACUCAGGAGCCCACUAUAAAGUCUGCUAUGGUUCGGCCGGCCAAGAAGUCCUUCACGUACCCCGGGGACCUUCAAAACACCCCGGCCAAGCCCCCGUUGUACCACAAACAACCCCCCGCCCUGCCACCCAAGCCCUUCUCCAGAAUCUCCAACCACAGCACAGAUUCGUGCCAGCUGAUCCGGCUCCCCCGCAUGCCCGGAGGCAAGCUCUCCCCCCCUCUGCCUCCCAAGAAGGUGAUGAUCUGCAUGCCCCCCGGCGGCGCCGUCGACGCCCUCUCCUCCUCGGUGUCCCCCAGCCCGCUGGGCGGCGGCGGCGGCUACCCCCAGAAGUGUCCCCCUCCGAAGGGCCUGCUGUCCCACCACCACCACCAACACCACCACCACCCCGCCGCCGCCCUGCUGGCCUCCCAGCUGGCGGGCCUCUCCAGCCUGCACCGCCAGAGCCACGGCCACCCCAUGCAGCUGCAGUACGGCAGCAUCCACCGGCCCAGCCGCAUCAUCGAGGAGCUCAACAAGACACUGGCCCUCUCCAUGCAGAGGUUUGAGAGCUCUGCCCUGCACGGCGGCGGUGGCCAGUGCUCCAUGCUGGACAGGAGAGAGGUCCCCUCGCAGAUGAUCGACUGCGAGGAGGACAAGGAGAACCUGCCCAGCGAGUCGGACUACGAGGACCUGCCCAGCAUGUACAAGGACGAGGACGAGGACGAGGAUGAGGACGAGGACGACGACGACGACAUAUUCACCAGUACGUGGCCCCCCAGCGGGAUGCUUCCCAGCUGGAGCUUUUAUAGGAAAGGCACCCUGGCCCUGAAGGUGCUUAGGAAAGACUCGCUGGCCAUCAAGCUGAGCAACCGGCCGUCCAAGCGGGAGCUGGAGGAGAAGAACAUCCUGCCGGUGCAGACGGACGAGGAGAGGACAGAGUCCCGGCAGCAGAUCGGCACCAAGCUGACGCGGCGGUUGAGUCAAAGGCCGACGGCUGAGGAGCUGGAACAGAGAAACAUCCUCAAACCUCGCAACGAGCAGGAGGAGCUGGAGGAAAAGCGGGAGCUCAAACGAAGGUUAUCGCGCAAGCUGAGCACGAGGCCCACGGUGGAGGAGCUGAGGCAGGCCAAGAUCCUGAUCGCCUUCAGUGACUACGUGGAGGUGUCAGACGCCCAGGACUACGACAGGAGGGCCGACAAGCCCUGGACCCGCCUGACGGCAGCCGACAAGGCCACCAUAAGAAAGGAACUCAACGAUUUCAAGAGCAACGAGAUGGAGGUGCACGAGUCAAGUCGCCAUUUAACCAGGUUCCACAGACCCUAACAGUAGACCACCACUGUCUUUGAGGAAAGCCGGACGGGGGGGGCUCUCCUCCACUGAGAACCUUAAGUGCUGGACAGUAACUGAUGACCAACCCACCCCCCCACCCCACCCCUCUCCCCCUUUCUACAACAAGGCCAUGUCUUCUGAAAUGCCUUUUUCCAGGACCCACGCAACACAACUCGAGUUGUGCGACCAAUUUGUAGAAAACACACCUACCAACUGCUACUGCUACAGCUACAGCUACUACAACGAGUGGUUCACAAAACACCCCACCGCAAACCCCUCGCUGGCCCCCUGGACAGCGCCUCAGGUGCCUCCGUGGACGGGACCCUUGGGAUGGGCAGGGCUAUGAUGACCUCACAACCAUCCCUGAGGGGUUGGCUCGCGAUUCGCUCACCAUGCUCCCACAGGAGCCCCUCACAUCGCUUGAGGACCGCCGGGAGGCAGGGGAAAGGAAAUCUGGCUCCUCGGAAGCUCCAAUCAUGUGCAAUAUUUUUCUGUGCUCUCCUUAGGUCCAAGCGUCAUCUAGUGGUGUCCCCGUCUUAUUGCUACUUAGCCCCCCCCAGUCCCACUGUACCGAAGACGUUGAUAUCAAAUUGCUAACUGUGAAUUUUGAGAGUUUGGGCAGUGCUUAGGCUCUCUACAAUUGUACAUUUUGUUUAUACUAUGGUAGGAAAGUAUCAUUUAAAAAGGAAAAAAAAUAACAUACUAUACUAUAUUUAAUUUUUACCGAAACGAUAAAUGUUUUAAUCAUUUUUUUGUUUUGGUAGGAUGCAGUUGGCAAGUACAUUAUGCAUACGUUAACUUCUGUUUUUUAAAUUCGUUUGUCAGUUCGGAUCAUUCAUCAUAGAGGCACUUUUGAAUCUGAAUUGAGUCUUAACUCUUUAACACAUGUCAGGGGUCGUUACAUCUCACAGAAGCGCAGGGCUCUCCAUGCUGUUUUUGUAACGUUUUCUCUUCAUUUGCAGCCGUGUUUUUAAUGACUUGUUGCUCAACAAAUGCGUUGAGUCCCACACUCCGCUUCUGCAUUAAUACUACGUUUGUACGCUAUUAAAUUAGCAAUACGUGUCCGUAGAGAGAGUAGGGGAGGGCUGCAGGUAUUUUAGCUUUUUAUUUUAUUUUUUUACUCUCGCUUGCUUGCCUACCCUUGUUUUAGGGUUUUAUUUUUUUGAUACUUUCUAUAAAUAUGGCCUAUAUCAGCCGGACUUCAAUGAGUUAUAGGAGGACUUCAUUGGCCAACUAAAGAUGGCAGUUUUUAACGAAUGUAGUUGGAAAAAAUCUAUUGAUUCCCAAUCUUUUAAAGGCAAAAUAUCCAGUUAAUUUGGUAGAACACUAAAAAAUAUAGCCUUUUUUAAAUGUAUCCAGCGGAAGGGAUUGCAUGGGAAGAGUUUAGUUGUAAAAAUGUGACUGUUCUUAAUGGUCAAGAUUCAUGAAUAUUAAUAAUCGUUUUAGUUUUGUUCUAAGCCAAUUUGCUUUGUGUUUCAAAUUGUCAUGUUACAAGUCCAUUACUGCUUAUAAGCUAUGGCGUAUACAGGUGCAAAAUAUUUAAGAUUUUUUUUGUUGCGUUGUUGUACACUGAGGUCAAUUGGAGCAGAUCAAAUGGCUCUCUGGGCCAUCCACUUUAUUGCAAAAGGAUAAAACCAAAUGCUCCCUCGUUAUUGAAGAUUGCUAGCAUGGCAACUGGGACAUAGACGGCACUUACAUUUAUUUAUGAAGAUGUAUGAUUUGUGAGAGCGAAACUUCUCAACCUAGUUAAUGGGUUGCCCUUGCGGUGUCCCUGUUUUACAAUUAUUUUUGUAUUUAAUUUUUUACAUUUCCCUCCUCCCCUCCCCCCUUAGGGUGGGGGAGGAGGGAAAACACCAUUUUAGGAAUAUAAGAUGGUGUUUUGCGUUAAAUCCAACCGCUAGCUUCCAUGUGAUUCCAGCAUCAUGCCAACGUCAGCUUAGGACAUUAGUCAUAUGUACAAUACAAAAUAGUUGAUCUGAAAACUCAUGAAUGAUUCUCUUUUUCUACACUGUUGUAUUACUUGAGCCACUUGGUCACAGACCACAGGUCCACUUUGCUGGAAUCAAGGAAAAUGAAUUCAGCAAUAAUCUGUUUCCUUCUACGUGAUUGCUGAGAUUGAACAUUCGAAAGAGAUUUUUUUUUUCUCACAUUUGAAGUAAAUUAUCAUGUAAAGGAUACAACAUGUUUAUUAAAUUCCAUUUCUGAAUGCUU